CCCGCCCGCCUCCGCGCGGGGCUCCGGGGAGGGGUCGCCAUGGCGGCAGACGCCCCCGGUACCGUCCCGGUGCAGCUGGUGGAGCAGCCCAGAUUGCUGAAGCUGAAGGAGAGUUUUAUAGCAAAAUUUGGAUCAGCUCCCAAGUUUUAUGUUCGUGCACCAGGGAGAGUCAACUUAAUAGGAGAACAUAUAGACUACUGUGGUUAUGCCGUGCUCCCUAUGGCUAUAGAACAAGAUAUCUUGAUUGCAGUAGAACCUGUAAAGACUGAAGUUGUGCAAUUGGCCAAUAUAAAUUCUUCGUACUUGGAUUUCACUACUACCGUCAAUAACAUUCAGAUUAACAAAACCAAACCUCAGUGGCAUAACUACUUCUUGUGUGGACUGAAGGGUAUUCAGGAACAUUUUGGUCUUAAUAACCCAACUGGAAUGAAUUGUCUGCUAGAUGGAACCAUCCCUCCAAGUUCUGGUCUUUCUAGCUCCAGUGCUUUGGUGUGCUGUGCAGGACUCGUGACCCUAAAAGCUAAUGGAAAAACCCUCUCCAAGGUGGAACUUGCAGAAAUUUGCACCAAGAGUGAACGUUACAUUGGCACAGAAGGUGGAGGAAUGGACCAGUCAAUCUCUUUUCUGGCAGAAGAAGGAACUGCCAAGUUGAUAGAGUUCAGUCCUCUGAGGGCAACUGAUGUUAGACUUCCAAGCGGAGCAGCGUUUGUUAUUGCUAACAGUUGUGUUGAAAUGAAUAAAGCAGCAACUUCUCAUUACAAUAUUAGGGUAAUGGAGUGUCGUCUGGCUACAAAGCUUCUCUCAAAGUCAAAAAGUUUGGACUGGAAAAAAAUGCUGAGACUCCAAGAUGUGCAGGCCAGCCUAGGAGUUAGCCUGGAGGAAAUGCUGACCAUUGUCGAGGAGGUAUUGCAUCCGGAGCCGUACAGCACAGAGGAAAUUUGUAAAUGCCUGGGAAUUAGCCUGGAGGAGCUCCGCUCUCAGAUCCUGAGUCAAAACACGCAGAAUGUUUCCACCUUCAAGUUACACCAGCGUGCAAAGCAUGUGUAUAGCGAAGCUGCCAGAGUGCUGGAAUUUAAGAAGAUAUGCAGCGAAGCACCUGACAAUGCAAUCCAGCUGCUGGGAGAAUUAAUGAACCAGAGCUAUAUCAGCUGCAAGGAAAUGUAUGAAUGCAGCUGUCCUGAACUGGAUCGGCUGGUAGACAUCUGCCUGCAAUUCGGGGCCGUCGGGUCACGUCUGACUGGAGCUGGAUGGGGCGGCUGCACUGUGUCAAUGGUGCCUACUGACAAGCUGAAUACUUUCCUAAAAAAUGUUAAAAAAGCUUAUUACCAAAAUGAUGGCCAAAGGUUAGCGCUGGAGAAUAAUGGUCUCUUUGCUACCAAACCUGGAAGAGGAGCUUUGGUUUUUGUUGAGGCCUAAAGAACAUAAAAAUUGUAAAGAAACUAUGUAGAGCAUUUAUAACUGGCAGGACUUCCCCCGCCACAAUAAAUGAAAGCCUUUUCUGGGUUUUAUUAUGAGUAGUUGCUAUUAUCAGAAUAUAUUUCUGAAGAAGGAAUUAAUCAGGAACACUGAUUACAAAAUCUAUUUUUCCCAAUAUUAAAAUAUUUUCAGUGUAAAUGCUAAUUUACCAAAAUCUAUUGACACACUGUAAUUGAAAAAGUGAUGAUUGUUUAUUACAACGGAUCUUUUCUUUUUCUUUUUCUGCCAUAAAAGCAAGACCAAGUAGAGCACUAAACUGUUCUCCUGAAGGGCAGGAGCCUUGCCAUGUGUGCUUACAUCAGGGGCCAGAUGUUGUUUCUGGAAUCCUAUGAAAACGGAAGAUCAACCUGAUGAAUUAAGAACAACAAAAACGGAUGGGCCUUGCUGCACAUGCCAUGUUUCAUGCUAGUCUCAGAUACAAUUAUUAGUCUUGCAAUUAAUGACAAUAUUGGAAGGGAACCUGCGGGCCACGUAAAACAUUGGGAACACUUUAUGUUAAGCAGGAAACCUUAACUUCUAGCUAUCGUUCUUCUGUACCUCGGCGUAAGGGUGACUGAUGAAUGUUUCAGCGAGAAUGCUGUCUGUGACCCAUCCAACAAGACAGCACGCUCGCCUUACCAAAUCAGUGAACAAAGCACAAAGUAAAGGUUGGCUGUGAGUUGUCCAAGUACCACACGCUCAUUGUUCAGUCCUAGCUGCGUUUACAAGGUCGAUGAAUUUGCAUUUUCAAGCUGUGGAGGAUUAAAUACAGCCACAAACUGCACUUUCCUUCAAUUCAUGCUGUGCCUAAAGAAGCUCCUGACAGGCUCCAGGUUGCAAUCACAAAUCACUGGAAGCGUAAUACCCACAGUUCAUUGCCCUUCUCAGUAGGAGAAAUUAAAUGGUCACACAGAGAGGUGAUGUACAUUGAGAUCUACCUCUGCUUCCAACCAGAAGAUCAGCUUCCUGUGCCCUGUUUCACAGCACACUAACUGGCACUUCUCUGCUGUCUACAAUGAAAAUGCUGAAGUUUUGCUCAUGUCGUAACCCUUUCAGCCAUAAAAGUCAUAACAUGUGCAUAUUUUUAUGAUGCUAAGCACAUGUGAAUGUCCAGAAGUCUGUAUCAUAUUAGAGAUCUCUCAAAAGAGAUCAUCUGUACAUUACCCACACUAAGUCAGGCCAAAAAUGAAUUCUUAGAGGCUACUAAUUCUGUGAGAGGACUCUGCCAAAUUUGAGCACAGCAGAUGAACAAGAGCCAACGCAGACAGCCAGAUCUUUUCAGGAAUCUCAAGGGGACAUGUAAUGGCAAUAGUAUCACUAAAGAAGAUUUUUGUAUUCUGACAACCAGGAAGAGUGGAACAGAGAACGCUGUAGAUCAAGCAAAUCAAGCACUUGAGAGAAAAAGACAGGGUCUGGGCACAAAGGGAAGAAAUGAAGAGAUGGGAUUUAGAGGGAAGACAGUUAAAAGGAUGCAGUUGAGAAGAGGAAGGCAAGGGAUAAGGGAGACAGUAAAGAACAGGAGCUAGAAUUACAGAAAGGUUUACUCUCUAAACAUUGCUAACACUAUCAAUGGAAAUGUAAUAUCUUGUAGUCCGUUUGUAAUGUACAGCAGAUGUGCUGUGCUUGCAACCAAAGCUGUAAACGUAAGACUCCAAAAAUGAAAUAACUGUUGGUAAACAUCUUCAAGAAAUUCCAAGUUAACAGAGAGAUUUCGAGGAAAAAUAAAGCCAUGGCUUUACGACCACCUGUCUUAAUAAAUACCAUCCUUCGUUUGAGUGAGUUCCUCCUCAUUAUCCUCUCAUGGAAACGGCGUACAACGCAGUGCAUACCAAUUCAUUCAGUAAUGCACUUGAAUUGAGCUUCAGCUGUAUUAAUGGAAGCUCUAACCACUGUAUGAGAAGAACAAAGAUAUUUUAGAUUCUUUUCUAUUUCUUGAGAAUGUCACACACUGUCAUGGUAGCUUCCCAAAAACAUGUGGGCAAGUUUAUGGGCUGCAGUGCAUUUCUGUGAAUUGUAUAAAUUAUAUUCUCAUUUAAACAAUUCUUAAACAAAGAAGAGGAAAGCAGAAAACUGGCACAAUGUAAAAGAGUAAAAAACGAACCUUCUAAACUUCUGAUUCAUUUCUUUCCUUUCUCUUUUAAUUGCUUCAAUGUUUUUACCAGAAUUUUGCUGUAAUCUGCAAUUAAUAAAAACAAUUUUUAAACAAAAAA